GGAGUCUUAAAAGUUAGCUUAGGCGCUUAAUUAAUGCAGGAGCACCCCCCCACACACACACACACACACACACUGUUCGCUCUCCAGGCCAAGGGAGGCACUAAGGUGCUAAGCAGCACCUUCAGGGAGAGGCACCCCCCCCCCGCAGCAACACGUCUUCCUGUUUUGAACCGGAAGUAACGUCUCUAUGACCCCUCUAUCCUCCCAUCUCUGUAGUCUGAGCGGGUCUCGGACGCUGGUGCGGGAGGACCAUGAUUGCGGCCUUGGCGGUGGCCCGGCGGAGGCUUUUAGGGGGCGAUUCUGGCUGCCACGCUGCCGUAGUUCAGAGUGUGCACACCGGUUUCCAGAGACUUCAAGCUGUAGCUGAGAAUUCAGCCAGAGAAGCAGCCGAAGCACUUGAGUCCCAGAACAACAGAGACUUCAGCUUUCACCCCCCUGUUCCAGGGAAAGGGAGCACUCUCCGUUGGGCUGGAAAGAAAUAUGAAGAGAUCCCGAUUGCUCAUAUUAAAGCAACAUUUAACAACACUCACAUCCAGGUGGUCACCCAUAAGAACACCUCUUUGACCCUAGUAACUUGUGGCACAGAAGGAUUCAAGAACACCAAGAAGGGCACUGCCAUCGCCGCACAGACUGCUGGGAUCUCAGCUGCAGCGAAAGCCUGUGCGAAGGGAGUGUCCCAUGUGCGAGUGGUGGUGAAAGGCCUGGGCCCUGGACGACAGGUAGGUGUGCUUGCCACUCCAAGCAGCUGGCUCCCACAGCACCAUCUCUCUGCACUUUGCAGGCCAAUGGAAGCCCCCGCCCUGAGAAGCACGACAGCUCCAGAGAGCCACUAACAGCAUUCACAUCACACCGUGGCUAGUACCCCCUCGCACACACACACACACACACACGCACCCAUGUCCUUUCCCUCUCUGCCGCAGUUCUCACCCCACCCCGUUCUAGUCCCAGGUUCUGGCCUGUCGGCCAGGCUCUGUUUUCACUUCUUACUCUUUUGGGGGAAACGGAACAGGUAACUGUUCUCUCCCUACCACCACAACUGGGUUUUUUUCUGGCUAGGAGACGGCAGGAGAAGAAAGGGUUAAAGCUCCCUUCUCUCCCCCCCCCCCUUCUUUUAAAAUGGGGUAAAGGCAGCACAGUGUCCACAAGGACAGGAAGCAAGGGGCCUGAAAAAAGAAAAACGCAUUUCCAGCCACUUCCUGAAAGCUUGUGCAUUCCACACCAAGCAAGCUCCUGUGUGAAGAGUCUAGAAUGCACAGUGGCCUGGAUUCUUUUGGCCCAGAGAUGGAAGCUUCAGGAGAUCCCUGCGAGAUUGGACUUGCUGGGGAAAAUUCCGGAAACGGCUGAGUUGGACUACUUAUCCCAGUUGUUGGCUGGGAAAUCUAAGGAAGAAGCAAGAAAAUACUGGUUGAAGCUACAUAUUUGGCUAGAUAAGAUUCUUUGGUGUGAACUUAUAUUUCCUUCUUCUGUAUCUUUUAUUAUUAUAAGACUGCCUUUGUUGGAAAUGUCAACUUGAAUAGGCAUUUCAACAGGAAGACUUAUAACAUAAAUGUAUCAAAACGCUGAUGAUUUAAAGUUAAGAGAUAAUAACACAUGACAAUAUAUGUAUUCUAAGAAAGUAUAUUAGACGCAGACUUGUAUUCUCAGAAAGUAUAUUAGAUUCAGAUUAAGAUAUAUUUGUAACUAUAAUUUUCUACUCCUUCUUACCCUUUACCGCCCCCCCCAAACCUUUAGAAAACCAAGAAAGCUUUUAAAAUCGAAGAAGUCCAGAACGGGGGCCACUGCUGAGGAGACCCCAUCCUCUGGAGCUCACCCAGCCCAGUAUUUGAGAGUGGCACAUGCAGAGCAGAACCUCAGCGCUUAACAUAGACCGCCAGACUCAACUGGGAGGGGGGCUCUCCAUGAGCUCAGUAGCUGGCUGUUCUCUUAGCAGCGCUGACCCCCACCCCCACCAUGAGAACUGAAUCCAAGAUUAGAGAGAGAGACGUAGGAAGCCUGGCCUGCCCCAAAGCACAGCAGCCUUGUCUGAAACCCCCUCUCUUUUCUUCCAGGCAGCCAUCAAAGGGCUCACCAUGGGAGGCCUAGAAGUGAUCUCCAUCACAGACAACACCCCGAUCCCCCACAAUGGCUGCCGGCCUGAAAAGGUGCGGAGGUUGUGAGGCCAGGAAGGACAGGACGGUUGCGUGUCCUGAGACGGCUUGUCCGGCCCUCUCGUCCUUGUUUUCUGGAUGCUGUUACUGGGAAGCAUGAAGGCUUUUUCAAAAGCUAAGAAGUAUUUUACUGUCAACUGAACAAGGAUCAUUUCUAAAGUCUGUAAGCUGAA